CAACUAUUUACAGCUGAAAAGUACUUCUACAAGUAGCUACCAUUUCUUCUUCCAUAUUAUACACUAACACUUUCGUUCCUGCUUCCCCACAAGAAACCCUGGUCCCGAUCUCGCACUAGAUCAUCCGCACUUCGCGCAGCUAAACUGUCUUCCACUUGCGCGUGACCUACCCGACAGUACUGCUAUCCGUCCGGCGUUUCCUACUUUUAAUAUUGAAGACAUCCCCUCCGUCGUCCUACUAUUGACCUACCUAAUUACCCCAGGCGAAACGCACUCCUAAACCACACGAGUUUCCUACCCUAUUUCGAGUCCUCGAAACCUACGGUUGCUGUCGUUCCUGGAUUCGUUUACUCUCCCACCGCCCACUCGAGGCCCUCCGCAGCCGUCGCAACACAGGCGCAUGGCGAAUACACACCCUCAUGUCUUUCCUUUCGCAUACCGUACUUCCCGGUAGCAGUACACUACACAAUGAAGGAGAUAGGAAAGGGAAAAAUGCGCCAAAAAGGCUGAGAAAGGCACAGAGCCACUCUGGUCUCUUCACGCCGCUCAUACACCUGGUUAAAGAUCCUGUAGGGACAUUAAGCGGAUUCGUAGGAAGCCAUGGGGAAAUACCUGAAGGAAUCGAACCAGUUGGGGAGAUUGAGGCACGGAAGCAGCUUUUGAAUCUGCAUUUGCGCAAUGCCGAAACCUAUGAGGAAUGGAAGGCUGCCGCAACGGAACUCGACACACUAGAGGGAAACGAUGCCUGGAAAUCGGAGGACGAAUCCCUUGAAUAUGACGCCGCGCUCGUGGCUGCACGCCUGCGACAGCUUGACGAAGCUCAGCUGAGCUGCGAUGUGCCGAAAAUGCUCUUCCUCGUACGGACUGCCUUGACUCGUGGAUUGGGUGGCAUGGGUGACCUGCGACUAUACAAACACUCUCACGUUGGGACAAAAACUCUGAUCGAAAGGUACAUCGAAUCAGCACAGAGAACUCUGACCGUCCUACUGGAUGUCUCCGCUAAACAAGGUGACAAUUGCCCCAUCGAACCUCGACAACUCAUGGAGCAGCUAUUACUGGCCCGUCAAUCCUUUGGUCGAAGUGCUCUGCUUCUUUCGGGAGGGGGCACCUUCGGUAUGAACCACAUCGGAGUCGUGAAGAGUCUCUGGCAGGCGAAACUCCUGCCUCGCAUCAUUUCGGGUGCCUCAGCCGGGAGCAUUGUGUGCGCUGUCCUUUGCAGCAAGACCGAUACUGAAAUACCAAAUGUUCUCGAUCAAUUCUGCUAUGGCGACCUUGCUGUCUUCGAGCGAGAAGGCGAAGAAGAUGGACUUAUGAAGAAGGCCACUCGAUUCCUGAAAUAUGGAUCGCUGUUCGACAUUACUCAUUUGAUGAAUGUGAUGCGGAGCCUACUGGGCAACAUUACAUUCCAAGAAUCGUACAAUCGUACAAGGCGUAUUCUGAACAUCACCGUUUCGAGUGCAAGCGUAUACGAGCUGCCAAGGCUAUUGAACUACGUCACCGCUCCGAACGUUAUGAUCUGGUCCGCAGUAUGCGCGUCUUGUUCAGUCCCUUUGAUUUUCUCUGCAGCAUCCCUACUCGCCAAGGACCCGAAGACUGGAGAUGAGGUCCCAUGGAAUCCUACUCCAAAUGCCGGCUUCAUUGAUGGUUCUGUGGACAACGAUCUUCCGAUGACUAGGCUUGCCGAGAUGUUCAAUGUCAACCACUUCAUCGUCUCGCAGGUGAAUCCUCAUGUGGUUCCAUUCUUGGCCCAAGAAGAAGAGAGCCUUACCAAAGAGAUUCAAAGCGACAUCACCGGAACAGCGGGGUCAUCCUGGGUCCAUAACAUGGCAAACCUGGCAAAGGGAGAAGCUCUGCAUCGCUUACACGUGCUUGCAGAAAUGGGCAUCUUUCCCAACUACCUCACCAAAAUACGGUCCGUCCUCAACCAGCGAUACUCUGGAGACAUCACAAUCCUCCCAGCAAUCUCGUAUGCGAAUUUCCCCAAGGUUCUUAGCAACCCGACGACGGAAUUUAUGCUUGAAGCCAUGCUUGCAGGCGAACAGGCCACAUGGCCCAAGCUAUCUCAGAUCCAAAACCAUCUUGCGAUCGAGCUUGCUCUGGAUGAGACGAUUCAGCAGCUGCGUGCUCGCGUUGUUUUCAGCCCUCGUCGGAUGGAUAGCAAUAUUAGCAAUUCCAGCCGUCCGCUCUCUCAAGGAAAUGAGACUCUUCACACGAGUAAGCCUCUUGUAAAGACGACUCGCUUUCAACAAGAGGUCAUCACAACCCCAACGCCCUCACCGUCACCCCCGCGUGAUAACAAGAUGCAUUUGAUGAUGUCUUCAAGCCACCCUUCAAAGCCUUAUCUACCCACUCACCCGAUCAGCUCUCUGAUGAAGCCAACCGGGAGGUCAUUUUCGCGCGGUGCGUUUCUCGAAACUUUAUCGUCAUCUACGACUGGCGGGGACGAAACCACCACUGAUACUGGAGAGGAUGAGGGCGAGCUCUCUCCCGAUACGGAUGCAUCUGACUUACUGUCAUCCCCUGAUCCCUUCUCAUCGUCGCCUCCCGGUCACCCACAGCUCUGGCCAUCUACCCACCAACUAUUCCCGUCGGCUUCGCAACCGAAUACGCCAUAUCACCCAGCCGCGCUCUUCGACAGUCGACUAAAUACCGGAAACGAAAGGGGAGCCACCAGACCAAGCUCACCCGAGCUCCGCUAUAGACGCCUCUUCCACUCUCCUGCAAACACACCCAUGCGCUCAACAGCCGUGCAUCCCCACGUCCAACGCGACGUCGCCACAUCCACCCAAGCGCUAUCCGGCCUCGUCCCAGCCAUACCCCAAACCGAGUCUCUCCCAGAGUCGCAACUCAAUCCCUCUAUCAGUAUCCCCCACACUGACUCGCUACCCGAACCACAACCACCCACCCUCCCUUCCCUCACACCAAGCACCGAAGCCACGCGCCUCGCCGCCGAGAAAAUCACAUUCCAACUUACGCCCGACGACCUCCAACAGCGCCGUUGGCACCGCCGAGGCAGCACCACCGUCCCUCUUGACGCCAACAUCCCAACAGCCCUCCCCUUGGAUAUCUCAGGGACCCGAGGCAUGCUCCUCCGCAAGAAAGACUCCAACUCAAGGAGGGGCAGCUUGGCUCCCGAGUGAUCGAGCAGCUCCCUACCUGUCAAGCCCAAACUCGGCUUCUGAACCUUUUCUCUUUCCCUUGUGAAUAUACCACGUUUUUGGACGUACAUACUUCGACCUCCACCCUUUUGCUACCUUACUUUACCUCCUUGUUCCUCCUUCUCAGACUCUUUUAAGUCAUGUAUAUUCUUCUAUUCUUUCGAACUUUUCAAUUCCCACUAAACGUUACGCGAGGAUACACACUACGGGUACACGGUUUUUCUUUUGUCAUACAGAGGGAGUGUGGUAGAUGACGGCACAAUAGGAAGGCUAGAUAGGGCGUUUUUAGACGUUCGGGUACCUGGGUAGUUAGUGCUCACGAGCGCGGGAUAUGAUAGCCCCGCGUAGAAGGGAAGACGCGAACUCCAUGAAUAAAUCAAACCAAAUCAAAUCAAC